CUUGCCGUGGAGAGUGGAGACAGCGGUGCCGGUGGGUUGGUCGACUUGUGGUGGAGGUGGAGGCGCGGUGGUCUAGGGUCCGUAUUCGGCAUUUCCUUCUUCGUUGAGAUUGGUUCGGUGGUCGACCGAUGUCCCUGCGCCGCCGAUUUGCCGUGAAGAGUGGAGAAGCGGUGCCGGUGGGUUGCUCUGCUCGUUGAGUUUGGUGGUCGAUCGGUGUCCGUAUUCGGCAUAUUCUGCUCAUUGAGUGGUCGACCGGUGUCCCUGCGCCGUUGAUUUGCCGUGGAGAGUGGAGAAGCGGUGCCGGUGGGUUGCUCUGCGCCUCUGCUCGUUGAGUUUGGUGGUCACGGGUUGCUCUGCGCCGCUGCCUCCGAUUAAAUACCGCAGUUAUGGAUAUUCCAAACAAUCAAAGUUCUGGAAAUGAAAAUGUCACUCAAUCUUCCACUCCUAAUAACGAAACCUCUUCUCCCACCCUGACUUCUUCAUUGCGUGGUAAAUCUGAUCCUGCAUGGGCACAUGUUGCCUACAAAAAAGAGGGGACACAAACUAUAUAUACAUGUCUUUUUUGUGGUAAUAAUUAUAGAGGAGGUGGGAUAAACAGAAUGAAACAACAUCUUGCUGGUGUUACUGGUCAAAUAGCUUCAUGCAAAAAAGUUUCACAUGAUGUGUGUCAUAGAAUGAUAGAGUCUUUGAAAGAAUGUUCAAAGAAAAAGGCUGUUGAAAACAUAGAUGAGGACCUAGAAGAAACCCACGUUGAUUCUCCAAUUACUAUGAGUAGUGGGACGAAGAGGAGAGCUCCUGGGAGUUUGGACAAUUACUUUGCUCCUAGGACAGCUCCUGAUUCCCAACCAGGCAUUAAAAGUGCAUUAGCAACUAAAGAAGCAAAACACAAUGUGAAAAUGUUGAUUGCUGAAUGGGCCAUUGUAAACUGUAUUCCAUUCAAGGCAUUUGAUUGCCCUUUAUUUCAAAAAGCUGUGGAUGGUAUUGCUUCAAUUGGGCCUGGGUUUAAAGCUCCUAGUGCUUAUGAUUUCAAAACUAAUUUAUUGAGUGAUUGGAGAAAAGAAUGUCAGUUACUCAUUGAGAGCCAUCGAGCUAAAUGGAAAAACAACGGUUGCACACUCAUGGCUGAUGGAUGGACUGACAUUAGACAACGGACUUUGAUAAACUUUUUGGUGUAUUCUACACAUGGUAUGGUGUUUGUGAAGUCUGUUGAUGCAUCAGAUUUAGUCAAAGAUGCCAAAACUCUAUUUACUCUAUUCUGUGAAGUCAUUGAGUGGGUUGGUCCUAAGAACAUUGUCUAUGUAGUGACUGACAAUGCAGCCAAUUAUGUAGCAUGUGUUGUGAAGAUUGUGUCGCCUCUCAUAAAGUUGUUGAGAAUUGUGGAUUCAGAUGAGAAGCCUUCAUUGCCUUAUGUUCAUGAAGGCAUGCGAAGGGCAAAAGUGGCGAUUAAAGAGAUGUUUAAAAGGAACAAGGAGUUGUAUAAGCCCUACACAAGCAUCAUUCAAGCUCGAUGGGACAGGCAUUUGAAGACUAAUCUUCAUGCAGCAUCAUAUUUGUUGAAUCCUGCAAUCACAUAUGAUCCAGACUGUCCUAGUAAGUCAAAGUUAAUGAUGGCGUUGAUUGAUGUGGUGGAGUCUUACUCAAAUGAAGAUGUUGAUGGCUUUCUGGUAAUGAAACAAGCAACUACUUAUCGUGAAAGCAAGGAAUCUUUUAGUAGACCCUCAUGUCAAAAAGCUGCACAAAAAUUAGACCCUUAUGAAUGGUGGACAUAUUAUGGUUGUUCAAUUCCAGAAUUGCAGCGUGUUGCAAUGCGUAUUCUUAGUCAAACUUCUGCUUCUUCUGGUUGUGAGAGGAAUUGGAGUUUGUUUGAAAGAAUUCACACAAAAAGAAGAAACAGAUUGGAACAUAAGAGGUUAAAUGAUUUGGUGUUCACAAACUACAAUCUGCGGUUGAAGCAUAGGAGUACAUUGAAAAAGAAGAAAAGUUAUGAUCCAAUUGACUAUGAAAAUAUUGACAUGGUGGACUUUUGGGUGGCUGAAGAAGAUCCCACUCCAGAGUUUGAUGAUAGAGAUGUGGCUACACUUGAAAGUGUCAUUAACAAUGAAAGCAUUGCAAAUUCAACAACUCUUGAGAGGGAUAACGAAGGUGAUGAAGAUAUGGAUAUUGCUGAUCCUCCACCUUUGCAUGAUGAUGUUGUCACUCCUAUUGUUCCUUGUCCAACUGUUGAUGUCUUGGUCCAUGCCAUUGCCAAUGACCUUAAUGAUGAUUUUGAUUUUCCAUAG